UACAUUCACUUUCAUACAUCUCAUAUUCUUCAUUUUCGUCGACAAAUUAAUGUCAUAACAAUGUUAACUGUAAUAUGACAGAUAGGAAAAUGCAUGAAUUUGCACAAAAAAUCAAUCAAAAUUUACUUUUAUUUUGAGGAUUUAGAACUAUGGUAUAUCAUAUUAGACUAAUUUUAUUAGAGUUUGUGCUAAAUCAAAAAAUUUAAACGACGUCGAUUUGGUGAAGUUCGUCCACGUCAUCAUCUUUUAUCCAGACACGUGGACCCCGCCUUCUCCCUUCCCUCCAUCUCCAACUACCAACCAACCAUCGGUUCAUCUCCCGCCACCACAUCCAAAACAAUGCCUUUUCCCACCACCACUUCACCACCGCCGCGAUGUCUUUCCCUCUCACCCCUCCGCCGCCGCACCUCCUCCCAUCCUCCGCCGCCUUCACCCGCCGCUCCCUCCUCCUCUCCACCUCCCUCGCCACCAUCACCCCUCCGCCGCCGCCGCCCCCGGACACCACAGUGACCGACCGGAUCUUCAUGGACUUCUCCAUCUGCCCGGCCUACAACAAACCCGACCGCACCGUCUCCGACACCGUCGCCACGCUCUGCACCGAGCCGUUCCCCAUCGGCCGCCUCGUCCUCGGGCUCUACGGGCACUUGGUCCCCACCACCGUGUCCAAUUUCAAAUCCAUGGUCAAUUCGUACUCCUACAAGAACACUUUAGUUCACAAGGUCCUGCCGGGGCAAUUCUUCCUCGCGGGAAGGCAGGGGAGGAGGGAAUUGGGCGAGGUCAGACCCCCCGCUGACUUGCCGAGGAACGUCGAGGCUGUCGAUCCCAAGGCGUUUCGGCUCGCACACUCGAAAGGCGGUGUUCUGUCGCUGUGCUUGUCGGAGAACGAUGAUGAGGAUGAUGUGAAGCUGGAUCCGAAUUACAGGAAUGUGGAGUUCUUGAUCACUACGGGGCCCGGUCCUUGCCCUGAAUUGGAUGGCAAGAACAUUGUCUUCGGGCAUGUGCUUGAAGGUCUGGACGUCGUGACGGCGAUAUCUUCGCUCCCAACUUACAAACCGGGAGAAAGGAUCCGGCAGUUCAACGACUUCGCCGAGUUCCUGGGCGACGAGAGGGCGCAGAACGCGCGCUCGAGCUGGAACCGGCCGCUGAAAACCGUGUUCAUCAGCGACUGUGGGGAGCUCCGAGUCACAAAGCCAUCCCUUUCUCCAUCUUUACCUUAGUUGGAUAUAUUAUUAGCUCGUUCACUACUGUCAUAUCAUUACUUUGGUCUGAUCUCGUCCGUGGUCCUUCGAAUUUGGCUCUGUAUUGAAGUUGCCUUCGCUCUCACGUUUCUCUCCCAAGGCGUGAUGAGCAACAGUGUUAUGGGGGAUUGAUGUGUUCCUUCUUUGAACUUUCGGGGGAGGCCGCACAUUCUGUGAAAGUUAGGCCGAUUGGCAUAUGCUCCCUGGCCUCCAUAAUGGGUCGAUGAAUGUAGGGACCUGUUCCAAGCGGUGUCGUUUUGGUGGAGAAAAAGGUAUUGGGUUCCCUUUUUAUUUUCGACUUUUUUUCAAGUCCUUUUCUUCCCUUUUAAAUCCAGAUAUUAAAAAAAAGGCUAGAUCUCAUAAUAUAGUCACCUUUUGGAAAUUAAGGUGGUUUGGAUGGAUGAUUUGAAAAACGGGACGAUUUGAUUAAUUGUGUCAUUU